GGCAUAGAAAGAUUAAUUGAGUUGCGCCGCUUUCAGGAACUGGAGCCGGCGGGGGUGCGAGGGGAAGGCGCGGAAAACGAAUAUGCUCCGUUUUAAUUCAGUGGCCUGGGUUACGUGGGAUAUUUAGUACAGACUAUCUCCCUGAGACACAAAAGUAAGGGAGGAAGCAGUAUGAAAGAAUGUUUUCUCGCCAAAUUCCAGAGUUUCUAAAGGGUAAGAAACUGAGGUAAAGGUCUCGCGAUAUCUGAAGACAUCCGGCGUAGUACGUUUCAGUGAGCCGCAGCCCUAGGGAGGUAGCAGAAGCUCGCGAGAUCUCUGCAGUUGCCGAGGAGACUAGGAGUGGGAGAAAAGGUGAUCUCGCGAAAGGAAAGGGAGCGGGAGCACUCGCGAGAUCUCGGAUCACUCAACCUGAAAGGUGCUUAGGAAGCUGAAAAGCCCAGAGGAGGCCUCCGGGCAAAUGGCUGGAGCUGGACCGACCAUGCUGCUACGAGAAGAGAAUGGCUGUUGCAGUCGGCGUCAAAGCAGCUCCAGCGCCGGGGAUUCGGACGGAGAGCGCGAAGACUCGGCGGCUGCGCGCGCCCGGCAGCAGCUGGAGGCGCUGCUCAACAAGACUAUGCGCAUUCGCAUGACAGAUGGACGGACGCUGGUUGGCUGCUUCCUCUGCACUGACCGCGACUGCAAUGUCAUCCUGGGCUCGGCGCAGGAGUUCCUCAAGCCGUCGGAUUCCUUCUCUGCCGGGGAGCCCCGUGUGCUGGGCCUGGCCAUGGUACCCGGACACCACAUUGUUUCCAUUGAGGUGCAGAGGGAGAGCCUGACCGGGCCUCCGUAUCUCUGACCACGAUCGCAUUACACCUUUCAGACUGCAUUAAACUUACGACCGAA